GGCUGACCACCUCCAACUACUAUCGGCACAAAAUUGCUGUAGCGCGACAACGGCGAACGCACGAGCAAAGCGUUGAUGAUGCAAAUUGCCUCUGCCGUCUUGUCCUUCUGCCUGUAUUCACAGCCAUACUAGCAUAUCCGAUCGGGUUCGCCGUCUAAGUCGCGCGGUUAUGCGCGAGCAGCCGUCGCUGCCUUAUCCAAGCUGCAAAUCCACUCCACCAGCCAAGCCCGUCUUUCGCGAUCGACACCACCCGCCCUUUUCUGGCUACCUCUACCCGCGCCAUGGCCGACAACUCUCAAGGGACGGCUAGUCCUAAGAAUGAGCAAAUAUACUCGGAAACAGGCGAAGAUGCCGAGACGCGCGCUGCCCGCCGAGAGCUGAAACAGUCCUCCAUAUCUGACCCUCCUGCUGCUGCUCGUGACCUCGGAUCUGAUCCCAUAGAUGAGAGAGCGGCACGCCCAGAUACCCCAACCGACCAUGUAUCCGAUGGCCAAGACGAUAGAUUCAGGGAUCGAAUGCCGUCUCCAAAGAAGAAACGUGCACACGACCAGUUAGAUGGGAGCAUAGAUGUCGAAAACAACGAUACCAACAGUGUAACAUCUACAGAAUCUACCAGAGAUCGGGCUUCCCGGUUAGAGCCAGAAAAAAAACGACAUCGUGAUGAGGACUCAACCAGAGAGGUAUCGAACUCCUCGUCAACGACGGACCUACCGCUAGCCACAGAUGAUGCAGCAGGCUCCAAAACUUCUCCGACUAAAGUUAUGCCACAAACAUCUUCUAGUGCUUUUUCAGCCUCAGGAUUUGGUAAACUUGCUACUGGAUCCUCACCAUUUGCGAAUUUGGGCACAUCUCAGAGCAGUAUCUUUGCUCCUCCAGCUGCCGCGUCGACUUUGCCGCCAGCCUCUAUGUUCAGCGCCCCGGGGUCACAGCUUACACCGUCUACUACUAUGCCUAAAUUGACUUUUGGAAGUGCUAACAGUGCUUCGCCCUUCGCUAGCCUUGCUUCAGGAAUUAAUGGAGCUGGACUUGGCUCUCCAUUCUCAGCUGGCAAACCUCUAGACAGCUUCGCAUCACCCAUGGUCAAACAAAUUCAGAGUGAAAAGCCUGCAAGGCCUUUUGGAGCCCCGGAGAGUGAUGAAGAGAGCGAAGAUGAAGAAGACGCAGAGCGAGAUGAUGAACCUGAGCCGAGCGAACAAGAGGGGGCCACACCACCAGAAAAAGAAGUGGAGGAGAAGAAGAGGAUCAAACUCCAUAAAGUCGAAGUUGAUGAUGGCGAAGCAGGUGAGACAACCCUGCUUUCUGUCAGAACAAAGUUGUUCUACCAUGACAAAGAGGCGGGUUGGAAGGAACGAGGCGCUGGGAUGUUGAAAAUCAAUGUCCCCCAAGGCUGCGUUGAGUUUGAUGAAAAUGGAUCGCCUGUUCUUGGAUCAUUUGAUGCGUCCGGUCUUGAAGCUGAUGAAGAGGGGGUUGAUAAGACGCGAGGACACAAAGUUGUCCGUCUUCUAAUGCGUCAAGAUCAGACACACCGUGUGAUUCUCAACACUGCCAUUCUCCCGGCCAUGAAUUUCCAAGAAAAGGCAUCCCUCAAAUCUGUGGGAAUACUGUUCACCGCGUUUGAGGGUGAGCAGGCGAAGCCCGUGAGCAUCACAAUGAGGCGUGCUGGAAAUUUGAAAGCUGGGUCUUCCAUUUCCCAUCAAUCAAAUCCAACCAUGGAAGAUAACGCGACGCUCCAUCCAGCUAAGGAUGAAUUGAAGUCCUUAGAUGGACGGAAGCGCAUCCAUGAGGAUACUCUUCUCGUGAGAGAAGAUAGCUGCCGUGAUACUUCUGCUGUUGUUGCAGGGAAGAGGCCAAGGACGACGAAACGAGCCACUCCGAAAAGUGAGAGCCGUAAAGACGACCCAGAGAGCUCUAUUCCAUCAAAUAUUCCUUGGACUGAUACUUUUCGUAAUCUUGAAAAAGCUCAUAAAGCACUGAAUUUGGUCUACACAUUUUGCUCUUCGCGCAAACAUGUCAUCACAACAUUUGAUACCCUUCGACCAGCCGUUGAAUCCCACAUAAAAAGGAGCCUGUCUAUCGAAGAGGUAGCUCACAUAGUUGCCCUUCGCCCAGAAGCUAUGAGAUUCGAAUACACCAACGAACUCAUGCUACAGCUCAACACCAGAGGCGCUCAAAGGGACGACGUUUUCAAGUCAUCGCGAUCUGCAACGUCUCAAACCCUAGCACACGAUGCGUCUGUUGGUGGGCUGACGGGAAACGAACGUCUUGGUGAUGAUGCCAAUGAUACUGUGCAUGGACAAGAAGUAUUAUACCUGGAAUACACCGAUGGCGAUUUAAAGCGACAAGUGUUGGAUAGGGAAACAGGUGAAGCGACACGACCAAAUACAAAACUAAGAAAUGAGAAGUUGAAAAUGCCAGUAUAUGGCCGAAAACAGAUGAUGCAGUUGAUCGAACGACGCAACCAAAAAUUUUCUAAUUCUAUCAAUGCAUUCCUCAAGAGCUGUAUAAACGACGGCAAUAACCCAGAAGAAGCCUUGCGUCAAAAAGCCGAAGCUUAUAUUCCCAAACAGGCAUUGAAAGAUGCUGAGCAAAGCAAGGUCACAGCUUGUGCCAUACCUGAUACUAUCCCUCACGAGCGGGGAAGUAUAUCGGAAAUAGUGCUCCAAGUCAAAGAAAGCCCGUGGUAUUCUGGCCAGAUUGUCCCUGAUGGCCAUAGAGUGUUUGAACCCCAGAGUCCUAGCUAUGGAAGUCUCAAUUUUUUGUUGUCUCAAGAUUUAGUGAAUGCCCUCUACAAUGCUAAGCGAAUCACCCAAUUUUACACGCAUCAAGCGGAGGCUCUGAAUAGUUUAUACGAAGGUCAAAAUAUUGUUAUAUCCACCUCAACCAGCUCUGGGAAGUCUUUGGUCUACCAGCUGCCAGUCUUACACGCCUUAGAACGGGAUAAAAGCUCAAGAGCCAUGUACAUAUUCCCAACGAAGGCACUUGCGCAGGAUCAAAAGCGCAGUCUCAGCGAUAUUUUAGCAUUCAUGCCAAAUCUUAGCGAUGUUCUCGUAGAAACCUUUGAUGGAGAUACCCCCAUGAGCCUCAGGGAUACUAUUCGAGAAGAGGCAAAAAUCAUUUUCACGAAUCCAGACAUGCUUCACCUCACGAUAUUACCCCAGGAACAGAGGUGGAGGACUUUUCUAAAACAUUUAAGAUAUGUGGUUGUUGACGAACUGCACUACUACAAUGGUCAGCUCGGAUCUCAUGUUGCAUUCAUCAUGCGAAGGCUAAGAAGGAUAUGCGAGGCGGUAGGAAAUCGACAUGUUCAGUUCAUUUCUUGCUCCGCUACCGUAGCCAACCCUGAGGAGCAUUUUAAACUGAUAUUUGGAGUUUCAAAUGUGCGUCUAAUUGACUAUGAUGGGUCACCAUCUGGGCGGAAAGAGUUUCUUUGCUGGAACACUCCUUUCAGAGAGCCCGGCGAUCCCACCAGCGGACGAGGAAACACUAAAUUUGAAUGCGCUCGUCUUUUCUGCGCUCUCCUCUUAAGGGGCGUCAGAAUUAUUGCGUUCUGCAGAGUUCGUGCCCAAUGUGAAGUCUUGACCAGUGCAAUCAAACAAGAGCUGCGGGAACUUGGUCGCCCAGAAUGCACCAACUUGGUAAUGGGUUAUCGUGGUGGCUAUACAGCUCGAGACCGGCGGAAAAUCGAAGCAGAGAUGUUUGAGGGAAAGUUGUUGGGCAUCGUUGCGACCACGGCACUGGAACUGGGCAUUGAUAUUGGCACUCUGGACUGCGUGCUGACUUGGGGCUUUCCUUAUACUAUUGCAAACUUAAGACAACAGAGUGGUCGCGCUGGACGGCGUACCAAAGACUCGUUGUCGAUCUUAGUUGGCGAUAGCUUUCCAACGGAUCAGCAUUAUAUGAAUAAUCCAGAUGAGCUUUUUUCAAAGCCUAACUGCGAAUUACGUGUGGAUUUGGAAAAUAUUCUUAUUCGCGAAGGGCAUAUUCAAUGCGCGGCAUACGAGAUGCCCAUUCGACAAGAGGAGGACAUACAGUAUUUUGGCAGCGACUUACCCAAGAUCUGCCUCGAAAGAUUAGUGAAAGAUGAAUUAGGAUACUUUCACUGCCAUGACCGCUUCCGCCCCAACCCGGCUCACUAUGUCGCCAUCCGGGAUACGGAGGACGACCAUUAUGCUAUCAUUGAUAUAACAAACGGGAAGAAUGAGGUCUUGGAAGAACUAGAGGCGUCGAGAGCAACGUUCACUAUAUACGAUGGGGCCAUAUUCCUCCACCAGGGCAACACGUAUCUCAUUCGAGAUUUCUUGCCAGAUCAAAAGAUGGCCAAAGUGGAAAGAGUUAAUGUUGAGUGGAUGACUAUGCCACGAGACUUCACCGAUAUCGAUCCUGUCGAAAUCGAGGCAAUUCGUGCUAUAUCCGGAUCACCCUGUCAUGCCUACUACGGAAGUAUAAAAAUCCAACAAACAGUAUUUGGUUUCUUUAAAGUAGAUAAGAAAGGACGGAUUAUAGACGCAGUACAGGUAGAUAAUCCGCCUGUCAUACGAUACAGCAAAGGCAUGUGGAUAGAUAUACCACGACAAGUGCUAGAAAUACUACAAGACCAGCAUCUUAAUGCGGCUGCAGCAAUACAUGCAGCCGAGCAUGUCAUUAUGAGUUUACUCCCUGCAUUCAUUAUCAGUCUUCCGGGAGACGUACGAACAGAGUGCAAGGUAGCUCUCAAAGAAUUCGCGAAGAAGGAAACAAAAAGAAAGCGACCAGCACGAUUAACAUUUUAUGAUGCCAAAGGAGGCAUAAAUGGAUCUGGUGUUAGCACAAAGGCAUUUGAUCAUGUUGAUCAUCUACUGCAGCGUGCAUUAAAGAGAGUUGAAGAAUGUUCCUGCCAGCAAGGUUGUGUUGAAUGCGUGGCGUCCGAGAUAUGCAAGGAAUCGAAUGAAGUUAUAAGUAAGGCAGGAUGCCUUAUUAUUCUUCGGAGUCUACUGGGAGUAAACAUCGGGCUAGAUAACUUGCAGCUGGAUCAUGAAGGUAGGUUUUCUAGUGUAGAUAUUAUAACUAUAACAGCACCAGUUCCUGUAAAAUUUAAAUAA